CCUCCAAUUGAUUAUGAACUGCUCUAAUCGAUUGAACCUGCGCAGCUAGUUAAAAGCUAUAAAAGGUGGCUUUGCCCAGCCGACUCUUCUGGUUCCAACGAAUCAAAUAUACACAUCAGGUGUGACGUUACUAUGGCGAAACUGGAACUCAAGCUGGUCGGCGUUAUUAUUUUCUUGGUAACCGCUCUCGAGGCUCAGGAAACCCCUGCGACUGAAUCAUCAGAACCAAAACCAACCACACAACCAACUGCUGAAACUCCAAUAGUAGCUGAAGGCAACUCGACCGGUGAAACCACUAUAGCCGCAUUGGGGGUUACUAUAUCACCCAUGAACGGUACCAUCUAUGCUCAUAAUACGGACAACCAAACACAAUACCACAGUUCGGAGCAAGACGAUCCAGUUCCCGAGGAAAACGGAGGAGAUCCAUUUGUGAAGCCAGGAAAACAUAGAUCGGGUCCACGUCAUGUGAAAGCCCACGAUGGCUUCCACAGUUUGAGGACGGAGAAGUACUGGGCUCACUGGAACGACGCCUUCACCACUCCACGUCCUUAACUAUCCUACUAUAUUGAAAAAUAUCCAUCAUGUAAUGAUUAUUAAAA